AGAUGCUCAGUGGCUGACAGCAGAGGAGAGGAGCCAACUUAUUCCUGGCCUGAGAGCAGCGGGGUGGUCGGAAUUGAGUGAGAGAGAUGCCAUCUACAAAGAGUUCACCUUCAAGAAUUUCAAUCAGGCUUUUGGCUUCAUGUCCAGGGUCGCCCUACAAGCAGAGAAGAUGAAUCAUCACCCAGAGUGGUUCAACGUGUACAACAAGGUCCAGAUAACUCUCACCUCGCAUGAUUGUGGAGGCGUGACCAAGCGUGAUGUGAAGCUGGCCCAGUUCAUUGAAAAGGCUGCUGCUUCUCUGUGAUCUCUUUCAAAACGCACGUCUACAAUGUUUCGGAAGGCCUUUGUGUGAAUAAAUGAAGUCAUAAAUAUAUAUAUUUGUAUAGUUGAUG